AUGGCCAGGGGCUCCGACUCUGCUCCACUCAAGUCUCGGUUGAGUAGUGGAUCGCUCACAAAUUUGUUCAAAUUAAACCGUAAACGCAGAAGGGACAGCGACGAUGAAUCAGAAUCAGUGGCCCAAUCGCGGUCCGAUGGUUCUGAAAACGAAGAAAAUACAAGCUAUUUUGAAGAAGGAGACGAGGAAAGGGAUGAUGAAAACCAUGGGGAGGAGGAAGAAGAGGAGGAGACACGUGUAGGGAAGCCUAUCAAAAAGAGACGGACGCUUUCCAUGGCGGAACGCGAAGCUUUCGAGGCCAAAGAGCGGGCGCUAGAUGAGGCUUUACCAGAGGAGCUGCGUGCUUACAGGCCCCGCGGAUUUGGGCUGAAUCUGCCCCCUAAGGAUCGGCCCGUGCGCGUCUACGCGGACGGAGUCUUCGAUCUGUUCCAUUUAGGCCACAUGAAGCAGCUGGAACAGUGUAAGAAAUGCAUGCCCAAUGUGACGCUGAUCUGUGGGGUUCCAUCUGAUCGGGUGACGCAUAAAUUGAAGGGUUUGACCGUGUUAACCGACGUUCAAAGGUACGAAAGUGUAAGGCAAUGCAAGUGGGUGGACGAGGUGAUCGAAGAUGCGCCAUGGACUCUCACACUCGAGUUUCUAGCUGAACAUCAUAUUGAUUAUGUGGCACACGACGAUCUGCCGUACGCAGCGGUAGACUGCGAUGAUAUAUACCUUCCGAUCAAGCAAAUGGGCAAGUUUGUGGCCACGCAGCGUACGGACGGAAUCUCCACCAGCGAUAUCAUUACGCGCAUCAUUCGCGAUUACGACAAGUACCUGAUGCGCAAUUUCGCGCGCGGUGCAACGAGGCGCGAACUGAACGUCUCCUGGCUCAAAAAGAACGAGCUAGACUUCAAGAAACACAUCCAGGAUUUUCGCUCGUAUUUCAAAAAGGGACACGACUCAAUCAAUCACGCUUCCAAAGAUUUAUACGUGGAGGUGCGCGAGAUGUUGCUACGCAAAACCUUGGGUAAGAAGGUGUACACCAAACUGGCAGGCCAACAUCAACCGCCAAAGACGAUUAGAGGGUCGUCGCCAGCUACUGAAUUUGCCCGUAUCUAUGGUGACAUGGGCCAUGAAGGCUCAAAAGACGAAGCUCACGAGAACGUAAACGAUCCGAACUCUCAAGAGGAGGACCCCGAUAUUAGAAGUCGAGACUCAGCGUCAACGACGAAUCCGAACUCCAGUGAUUCGGACGACUCUUGA